AAAAGGGGUUGUCUGGUUCGCUGUGACCGCCUGCGAUCCGCUACGCGAAGGUCAAAAAGGCCGCGGGAGGCGCAGCCGACGAUCAGCCGCGUCUUCCCAAAAUCUCGGGAACCGCGCAGGGCCGCUGACGGGCCAGAAAGCUGCGAAUUCGCCGGACGCUGCCGCAUUAGCGGGCUGGCGAUUUCUCGCUUUUGCAGUCGCCGCCCCUCUAUCUCCCCGUUGCCACCAUGAUGGCAGAGUUUCCUUCUCCCCGGUGGCUUUUGUUUCUUACCGUAGCUCUAGGGGGGAUGCGAACGGAGCCCUCCUUCGCCGAGGCAGGGGAUGCAGCUCCGCCGGCCAAAAUAGCUGUGGUGGGAGCUGGAAUUGGCGGCUCCUCGGUAGCUUAUUUCCUGCAGCAGCAUUUUGGGCCGCAGGUUCAGCUAGAUGUAUAUGAGAAGGCUGUGGUAGGGGGUCGCCUAGCCACAGUUACAGUCAACAAGCAGUCCUACGAAAGUGGAGGGGCCUUCUUCCAUUCUCUCAACUUACACAUAGAAGAUUUUGUGCAGCAAUUGGGAUUGAAACAUCGUCGAGAAGUGGCAGGAAAGAGUGCCAUCUUCACUGGGGAACAGUUUGUCCUUGAGGAGACAGACUGGUACUUGCUCAAUCUUUUUCGGCUCUGGUGGCACUAUGGCAUGAGCUUCCUACGUCUACAAAUGUGGGUAGAGGAAGUAAUGGAGAAGUUCAUGAGAAUCUACAAGUAUCAGGUCCAUGGCUAUGCAUUCUCUCAUCUUGAGGAGCUCUUGCGUUCACUGGGGGGUGACACCUUUGUCAACAUGACCCAGCGCUCUGUGGUGGAGUCCCUGCUGGAUGUGGGUGUCACACAACGCUUCAUCGAUGAUGUUAUCAUGGCCAUUCUCCGGGCCAAUUAUGGUCAGUCAGUACUGGUGCCUGCAUUUGCAGGGGCUAUGUUACUAGCAGGAGCGCAAGGAAACCGAUGGGCAGUUGAAGGUGGCAACAAGCUGGUGUGCUCAGGCUUGCUGAAGCACACAAAAGCCAACAUAAUCCAUGCCACAGUGACAGCUAUCUCUCUGCACAGUUCAGAAGGAAAACCCCUCUACCAAGUGCACUAUGAAAAUGAAGAUGGUCCAGGUUCCAACUUUUAUGACAUAGUGGUCAUUGCCACUCAACUACAUGACAGCAAGAACAAUAUUACUUUUCAGAAUUUUGAUCCUCCUAUUGCUGAGUUUCCUGGAACCUUUCACACCACAGUCACUUCCGUUGUUCAUGGCUACCUCAACUCCUCAUACUUUGGCUUUCCAGAUCCCAAGCUUUUUCCUUUUGCCAGUGUCCUCACCAUAGAAGCUCCUGGUCUCUUCUUCAAUUCCAUGGAUAACAUUUGCCCUGUCAACAUAUCUAAUACCUUCAAGCGAAAGCAGUCCCAGGAAGCUGCUGUGUGGCGUGUCCACUCUCAACAUCCUUUGGAGAAGCAAGAGCUGAAGAUGCUGUUCUGUUCUUAUUAUUCUGUUCAGGUGACAGAAUGGCAUGUCUGUCCGGAUUAUGGAUCAGUCAAGAACCUCCCACCUAUUCUCCUGCAUGACAGCCUCUACUACCUCAACAGCAUGGAGUGGGCAGCCAGCUCCAUGGAAAUGUCUGCCGUGGCAGCCAAAAAUGUGGCUCUCUUAGCCUACAAUCAGUGGAAUCACAAUGUAGAGAAAAUAGACCAGAAAGACUUAAUGCACAAAGUGAAGACUGAGCUGUGAACUUAGCAAAACAAGACUUUAUUGCAUGCAGAGUAAGGAGGAUAUUUGAGGCUAAGUGCCAUUCCUUGACCUGCUGCAUUCCAGUUAUAUUGGAUUGCAGCAUUUGGAAUUCCCAGUCAGUGUAGUAAGAGAUUCUGAUAUUUGCAGUCCCAUGCAUUCCCAAAUCCUCUAAGUCAGGGUGUCAAACUGCAGGUCCGUGGGCCGGUUGCAUCAUGCAGAGGCCGUGCCCACCCUAGCUCCAGCAAUGAGAAAAAAAGUUGCAAUACAUUGUAACACAUCACGUGACGCGGCAAGUUUGACACCCACGCUCUAAGUUAAGGAAGGCUGUACUGCAGAUUUAACAGAAGUAAAGCAGAGCACUGGCAAAUCUGUGUAUUUAUACAUUCAUCUGUUAUCUAUGGUCAUGGCAAUCUCUUUAGCAUAGCAUCACUCUUUCAAAGAGCCUGUAAAUUAAUGCCUCAGUUGUUCAGGGUUCUUUGGUAAUCAUGGAAGAGGAUUGAAACCAAAUAGAUUUUUACUUUACCUGCUGAAUCAUAUUCAUACAGCCCAAUUGUGUAUAUCACCUAACAUGCUACAACUGUGGAUUCAAACUUCCUUCUUGUGUCUUCACCUGCAGCCUUCCCAAAUGAUUUAUACUGGACUGGACUGGACCUUCUUGUACUUUAUCCCCUAAGCUAAAGGAAAUGGCACAUUUAGGGUCAUAAGACCUUUUAUAAUUUUUUUGGUUUUCCUGGUAUCCCAAGGACUGUAUUCCCUUAUGUUUAUUACAAAGCCUCAUGAAUUUAGAUCAAAGGAUGGUGAAGCAAAGGACCUUGUAUUGGAACGUUUACUGUGAGAAAAGCUAAACAGCUUAAUGAAUCAUGCAACCUUUUAUCCACUAUUCUGAUAAACUUGUGUGCUCAAUGGCUGAUCUGAAGUUGCCUUGCCAGCCAUCCCAUGGGCCUUUUUUCUUGGUUUGAAAUAGAUUAAGCAUGCUGUCCUCCGGCAUUUGGUUAAAAAAAGAUUUCCUUGAUUUCUAAACAAAGAGAAACCACUGAACUGACAUUCUGGAAUUUUCCUGAAUAGAUUCCACAAUACCCUAGCCCAGGGGGUCUUCAAACUUGGUCCUUUUAUGACUUGUGGACUUCAAUUCCCAGAAUUCCUCAGCCAGGUCAUGCUGGCUGAAGAAUUCUGGGAGUUGAAGUUUACAAGUCAUAAAAGGGCCAAAUUUGAAGAUUCCUGCCCUAGCCAUUUGGUCAGGCUGAUCCUGUAAAUCUUGAAAAAAAUAUAUGAAAGGCUUGAAUAUUUGCUACCUGCUGCUAAUGAAGCUGGGCUUUCAGCUGUGUAGGAUAAAGGGAUAACUUGUUUUUGCUAAUUCCAGGUGUAAUAAAAUGAUGAGGCUCCCUAUCUUUCUUCCUAGAAAUUGAAGAAAAUACUUAAUUUCAAUUGUUACCUUGUAUACAGCAUGGAUAUUGAUACGGUUUUCUUUAAUGAGCUUUGUUAAAUCAAUAUAUUUGCAGAAUCAGGUCAGCAACACACUUUAUGAUCAAGCAGCAAAAUAGGUACGCCUAGCUAAUCUCUAAAAGAGAUUUUUCUACUGUGCCUUGAGUCAUAGCCUUUAGCUGGCUGGGAAGAACUGAGAAAAUGAAAAUAAGGUUACCGGCUUGUUUCUUCUGAAGUUGUGACAUUUGAGCGCAUAGACAAAUGCUUAGAUCAAGGGUAGCAAAUUGUUUGCAACUGGUUGGCAGAUCUGGAAUGUUGGCAUAUUGUGAGUAUUCUCACAAAAUGAUUGCCACAGUCAAUGUGGCUAGACUCAAAAUACUCCUUGGUCAGGUGAACUGAGAAACUUCUCUGUCAUUCAGUUGAUCUCACUUUACUAGAUAACUUACACUUAUCCUUUAUCUGAGUAAAUGAAACAAGCAAUAGACUAUAGCUAUCGUAUGUAAUGUCUAAAAAGAUCUCAGGAGAUUCUUGCAAUUAAUGCCUCUGGACCCCACAUAAGAUGGAGGCAGAUGAACCUGGAAAUAUGCCCACAUUUUCGCUUAACAAAAAUAAUUAAAAAGCCAGGUGCAGCAGGGGUUUGGCAGGUGCAAAAGCCAGCUACUUAACAGUUGUAUAAGUACUUCUUGGCAUCUGAUUGGGUAACUGCCCUGUAUUUUGCUCUGUUGCUUCAUAGCUAUAAUGCUGAUGCAUUUCCAUCCAUGAAAAAUUGUUUCUGGGGAAACUGCUUGCUUUGGAUUCAAAUGGGAAUAUUUCCUAGAUCUACAUACAAAACCCAAGGAUUGGAUUCAGGCUCCUCUUUCUGGGGAGCAAACCAUGUUGAAUAAUGGCAAGCUUCCCUUCUGUAGAACAGAUGCUUAUAGAACUGAUGCUUUUCCUGUAUUAUAACAGUUCUUCAGCUGCUUAUCCCACAUCAGGAUGUUUCCCAGUCCUGCUAUUGGAGAAUCCCCUGGGCUCUUCUGCAAAAAGACUAUGUCCUCAGCCCCUGAGCUGUGAUUCCCAUCCAUUGUGAAGGCUAGGGAUAUUAAAAGAGAUUAUUACAGAAA